AGAGAGUUGGGCAAACACGGACCCCUGGACACACCAGAGGUGGGAUCAGGUGCCUAGGAGGAGUAAACAUCCCCUGUCGACCGGCCACACCCGCCGUGAGCCCUGUAUCCUGAUCAGAAAGGAAACACAAGUAUGUAAGCAAGAAAGAACAUUGGUAUUGCGGUUCCAUGACCAGCAUGAUUUACACAGGAACAUAUGGCGCAUAUCUUCAAAUUUUCCUUAAUUUGGACAAAAUAUUAUUUUAAACUUUUUGAAAGAAAUAGACUUGGUAGUAUGUUGUGAAAUACGUUCUGGGCAUACAAUCAUUACUAACAUUGAAGUGAUAAGUGAAAACGCACGUGAAAUGUCUGUGACUUCCACGUCAACUGAAGUGUUAAUUAGAAAUUUAAAAUGGUAUAAAAUAGACUGAGAUGCACGCUUCCUAGUCAUACAAACACAUCACAAGAUGAGGCGUCGUAUAAUAUGUAGCAUGGUUGGAGACGCGAUGGUAGGAAAAUCUAGCCUUCUAACAGUUUUCCUUGGUCAAAACACGAUAGAUGUGUAUGCUCCAACUGUGUUCGCCAGUAUUAAAGGACUAAUGACAGUCGGAGGUAAAGAAGUCAAAGUGAAGUUCGUGGACACGGCUGGCCAGCAAGAAUACUCCAGAUUGCGCGUGCUCUCCUACAAGAAGAGUGAUGUGUGCAUCCUGUGCUUCAGUGUUAUCGACCGAAACUCUUUCGAACGAAUCCGUACUCUUUGGAUACCUGAAUUAGAAAGGACUGUCGGGAAAAGAGUUCCCAUUGUCCUAGUAGCGACUCAUAUAGAUCUCAAGGAAGAUAAAUACGUUAAGAAAUGUAUCAGCAUCGUAUCAACCUCUGAAGGACAAAAACUUGCAGAUGAUAUAAAUGCUAAGGGGUACUUUGAAACUGCAUGUACCACGGGUGACUCGUUCGCUGCGAGAGAGAUUUUCGAAUGUGCCAUAGCUGCAGUUGUUUCUGGUAGAAAAGGAUACUUGCGAACUUUGAAAGGUAUAUUUAUCAAGUAGUCAUAAGAAAUAAAUUCGA